AGUCUCGCUCGGUCGUACCGUUGCUCGUGCCACAGCGGGUUUCUCGCCCAGUUCCACGAGUGUUUCUCGAAUGUUCGCGAUACGAAUCGCGUCCACGCGCACGCGUCAACGACUCUGAUCCGUACACGAUCGACGCACCAGGUGCCCAGGGAUACGUCGCUGCGAACACGGGUGUCGGGGUCUCGGGGGUGCAGUGACAGAAAUGUGCGCGCGACAAUGACGGGUGCGGUACCCGCGGAGCUGACAAGUGCGGGUGUUUGACGCGCGACGAUCGACCCGAUGAUCGAACUCGAGUGGAAGCGAUUUGCGCGAGACACAGUGACGCGAUCGUUGGAACUCAGGCGGGCAGGACUACCGCGGGAGUAGACGCGCGAUAGAGAAGAAGGAAUUCGCAGUGGAAGCAGAGGAAACCACGGAGAGGACGGCGGUGGGAUCCUUGGACAGACUGAAUUCGAAUUCGAACUCGAACUCGAACUCGAACUCGAUCCUGAUCGCGGACGGUAGGAUGUCGAGCUUCGACGAGUGAUCACGAAUGUCGCGGUUCUAGCUCUCGAGGAGGAUGUUCCACGGGGGCGGAAGCGGUGGGUACGGUGCAAGUUCCGACUACCAGCAGCAGUCCCAGCAGCAACAACAGCAGCAACACGGCCAGCAGCUCCAGGCGCCCGUCUACGUGCCAUCCUCGAGGCCGACCAUUCCAUCGGCGGCGACGGCGGCGGCGGCGGCUGCAGCGGCGGCCGCCCAAUACCAUUCGUUCCCCGGUUCCGGCUCGCCCGCCUGGGAGAAGACAGCAGCUUCUUGGCAGCAUGGAGUCGAGACGUACGCGGCCCACCACGCGCUCGCUGGCCACGCGAGCGGUUCCGCGUCCGCGGCCGCGGCUGCCGCAGCGGCAGCAGCGAUGGGCCAACACUCUGGCCACGGUCAUCCCCACGCCGGCCACCCUCACACAGGACACCCGCACUCGAGCCUCGCCGCUGCCGCGCCCUUCUACGCGCAGAACGUUGCCAUGAUGUCCUCCUGGCGCGCCUACGACGGAGCUGGAUUUCAACGAGCAUCGCCAUACGACACAGCGAUGGACUUUCAGUUCGGCGAGGGGCGCGAGUGCGUGAACUGCGGCGCGAUCUCUACGCCGCUGUGGAGACGGGACGGCACCGGUCACUAUCUGUGCAACGCGUGCGGACUGUAUCACAAGAUGAACGGAAUGAACAGACCGUUGAUCAAGCCCUCGAAACGGCUGACCGCGACCAGGCGGCUGGGACUGUGCUGCACGAAUUGCGGGACCCGCACCACCACGCUCUGGAGGCGCAACAACGAGGGCGAGCCGGUCUGCAACGCGUGCGGCCUCUACUUCAAGCUGCACGGGGUGAACAGACCGCUGGCGAUGCGGAAGGACGGCAUACAAACGCGGAAACGCAAACCGAAAAAGACGCCCGAACCAAACGCCAGACCCACCGCCGGGGACCACGAGGCAACCGCCGUCUCGACCGCCUCCUCGCCGUCCAACGAACUGAAGAGCAGCCAGCAGCAGCAGCAGCAACAACAACAACAGCAACAACAUCAGCAACAGCAGCAGCAGCAGCAUCAGCAGCAACAGCAGCAUCAAAUCGAGGCGUCGAAGUCGUCGGGGGGCGCGUCCAGCUCGACGGACAGACCCGUCUACUUGGGGCACACGUCGCUGCUGGCGACCGGAAGCGUGGCUACGGUGAAGACGGAGCCCCGGAGCUGCGACGGUAUCGUCGGGCAACCCUAUUCCUCGUACUACCAGCAUCAUCCCCAUCAGCUGGGCGUGUCGACCAGCGAGCACCAGCAACAGACUUAUUACGGGAGCCAGGAGGCGCCCUAUCAUCAUCAGCAUCACGUGACGGCGGCCGCAAAACUGUUGGCGUCCUCGUAACUCGGUCCACGAGACACCCGCGAGACGAAACGAUAAUUAAAAACGAUGUAUCGAAUGUGCUGGAGACGGGGAACGUCGGUAGUGCAAGCGUACAGAAAAGAUAUUCGUUAUUAUCGACGACGACCGAGUAUCGGGGACUUUUACGCGUCGAAUUUUCGAAUUGUUCGAAUACCAUUCGAGUACUGUACUGCGCCGACGCUAAUACCGUUCGAAUAGCUGACUAUUUUUGGUGCUCGAAUACCGCUCGAAUAAUUGACUGUUUGAAUACCGUUCGGAUACUUGAUUGUUUGAAUGCUAUUAGAAUGCUAUUCGUGUGUUCGAGUACCGUUCGAAUGCUACUCGAAUACAUCACCGUUUGAAUAAUAUUUAAACAAUGCUCGAACGAUUGACUGUUCGAACGCUGUUGGAAUACUUGACCGUUUGAAUGAUGUUCGAAUACUCGAUCGUUCGGAUGUUAUUAGAAUACUUGGCUGUUCGAAUACUGUUCGAACGCUUGACUGUUUGAAUACCGUUCGAAUACCUGACGAUUUGAAUGCUGUUCGAAUUCUUGAUUAUUUUAAUACUGUUCGAAUAUUUGACCAUUUGAGUACUAUUCGAAUACAGUGGGUCCUCGACUCACGCGGUUAAUUCGCUCCAUAGGUUUCCGCGCAAGUCGAAUUGUAUAUAGAGGAUUAUUUCACGCAAGCAAAUUGUAUCUUUGACAGGAUUGAUCAUUGACAGGACUGGAUCUUUCGUUUCUCCUUGCAAAUACAUUUAGAGUACAAUCAUCGUUGCAAAAGCGAAUGGAAGUUCAACGUUUCGACGUGUACUUGUUAACACAUUGACUGCCACAAAUUUUCACUGAUGAGGUAAAAAAAAUAAAUCUUGAUUGGACACUGAAAUUUUAAAGAGCCUGUAAAGAUACAGUUCCACGACAAAUUGUUUCCAGUUUUCAAUUGUCCAGAAAGAGUAUCGUUAUUCGUAGACAAUUUGAAGCGUUUGGGUGUGGCAGUCAACGUGUUGAAAGAAAAAUUGGGGGAAUAAAAUCAUUAUUUAAUGUGUAAAUACAUAAAUAGAUACGUAAUGAGUAUGUGUUAGGGCGUAAGGUAGGGUGCAUCCACGAAUCUGCCGAAUCCGCGUAAUUCGAGGUCUCGCUGUACUUUGAGUAUUCGAAUAUUUUAUGCGCCGAUCCAGUAUCUGGAUAUUCCUAGUAUCUGAAUAGUGCGACCAUCGAGAUCAUUCACUCUUUCGAGCCUGUAUUUUAACCCUUUCCGUCCCAAAUUAAUUAUCGCAAUAAACACGUUUCACCUGAAAGUAUUAGCUAUCAAAUGCUAUUUAUUAUAUCUUCAGGCGUUAAUGCAAAAUUAUCAAGUUUAAAAUUAAAGAUGGAGCCAUUUGGGACGGAAAGGUUUACAAACAGUUUUCAUCGGAGCUUUGUUAAGCGACAACUCCUAACCAUAUCUCGUAUAAUUGUAAAUUUAUUACCAUUCGACGCUACUUAACGACUAUAAAGACAAAAAUUGAAGUGCACGAGCAAGGAAAACAAGAUGGAGGAUUUUCCAACCUAACCUUAAAACCGUACGGUGUAAAAUAUAUCGAGGCAGAUCGUUGCAUAGUUUCAUAAGUUAUACAUGCAUGCAUAACACACAUGUACGAAUAUAUAUUAUAGAUCACAGAAUUAUCGAUUUAAAAAAUUUCUAUGUACACAUACAGAGUACUGUCCACUUGAAUAGCCUCGC